GUCCAUCAGUCGCGGUAGCACUUCCGGGUGAGCGACUGGGGCCUACGGCUUGCGGGCUGAACCUCAGCGAGAAGGACCCGGCUUGCCACCGCGACACCAUGGGGGACUCGGCCGCCGAGGAUCGUUUCGAUGGCAUCCUACUCGCCAUGGCCCAGCAGCACGAAGACGGCAUCCACCAGCUUGUAGAUACGUUCUUCAGUUUCCUGAGGCGUAAAACUGACUUCUUCACUGGUGGAGAGCAAGGAGCAGCUGAAAAAUUGGUCAUAGAGACGUUCAAGCGCCACCAGAAGUUAGCCGCACAGGCCCAGAUGGAGAAAGAGGUGAGGCGGGAAGCUGAGAAAAAGGAGAAGGUGGAGCGAGCCCUCCUCACGGAGGCCAAGGAGAGAUCAGUGACUGCGGCAAAGCAGCCGAAGAUCAAGGAGCUAACGGACGAAGAGGCAAACCAACUGCAAAAGGAGAUUGAUCAGAAAAAAGAACAAGAAAGUGUUGGGGAUGGAAUUACAGUCAAUGGGGAAAAGCCCUUGGAAAAUCAGGAUUCAAAGCAGGCAGAGUCGGAAUCCGAAGGCGAAGAGGAUGAGAAGGAGAAAGGGAAACUGAAGCCCAACGCUGGAAAUGGUGCUGAUUUGCCCAACUACCGGUGGACCCAGACUCUGUCUGAAGUGGAUCUUCUGGUACCAUUCCAAGUCAGCUUCAGAUUGAAGAGUCGGGAUGUGGUUGUGGAGAUCCAGAGGCGUCACUUGAAAGUGGGCCUGAAAGGCCACCCACCGGUAAUCGAUGGUGAGAUGUUCAAUGAUGUGAAAGUUGAGGAAAGCUCAUGGCUGCUGGAAGAUGGAAAGAGCGUUAAUGUACAUCUGGAGAAGAUUAAUAAAAUGGAAUGGUGGAACAAAUUAGUGACAACAGAUCCUGAGAUUAAUACCAAAAAAAUUAACCCUGAGAAUUCAAAGUUAUCAGACUUGGAUGGUGAGACUCGGAGUAUGGUGGAGAAAAUGAUGUACGACCAGCGCCAAAAAGCUAUGGGACUACCCACUUCAGAGGAGCAGAAAAAACAAGACAUGUUGAAAAAGUUCAUGGAGCAACACCCUGAAAUGGACUUCUCAAAGGCCAAGUUCAGUUAAAGAUCUGUGCCUACCCUGGGGCUGAAAGGGAUACUCAGACUAUUGGAAGAGUUUCUGAAAAUGGUUACAUUAUGAGCAUUGCCUCGUGCUGUGUAUCCUGCAUCCCAAGUUUGUUACACCAUCUGGGUUGUUCUUGAGCACAAACAGAAGGUCUAACAUCUGCAUUGCAGUCACCACACUGCAUUCAUCAGAAGGUGUUUAGCUGAUGAAUUUGCGUUUUCUGGCUGGCCUCAUAACGAUCAUCGCACCUCCUUAGUGUGUCAGUUUCACAGACUAGCUGUGAACUACUGUCUGGCAAUGUGCAUUGCAGUUACUGUGGUCUUUAUCAUUUUUCAACAGGGCUUUACCCAAUAUCUCUGUCCGAAUAAAAUCUCCAUUUCCUAUA